AUGAGACCACUUCUGAUUUUGACCGUCAUAAUCAGACCCGUUUUGGGGUGCUUCGGCUUUGGUAAUUGCUGUUGUCCAGUAGCUCAACCGCAGUGUGGAUGUCCGACAGUAUGUACGCCUAGCUCAGGAUCAUAUGCAGCUCAAUCAUAUGCAGCUCCAUCAUAUGCAUCAUAUGCUCAACCCAGUUAUUCAUAUGCCGGCGCCGCAGCUCCACAGUCUUAUGCCGUUGCAGCACCAUCUUAUGCUCCUGCUCCGGCACCUCAACAAUCAUAUGUUUCAUACCGACAAUCGGUUCCGGAAGUAUAUACCGCGCGUGUGACAGCGCACUGUAAUUCGCCAGGAUGUGUGCGAACUAACAAAGUAGCUGCCGUCGUUGAACCGGAGCCAGUUACUUUCGUUCAGCCAUCGCUCAGUUCGCAGUUUGUUCGUCCGGCGCCCAGUGCUGUUGUUGAAACAGUUCAAGCACCAAACGCAGAAGCACCAACAAAUGAAGUACCGGAAGCCAUAGCACCAUCAUCACCAGCAGCAGCAGUGAUCGUACAACCGGAGGAAGCUUUUGCUGGUUCUGCAGCUCCUGAAACUACAAAUGUGGUAGAAGCAGAACAGAUAAAGCCACAAGGCGAAUCGUAUCAAAUCGAGGUUGUUCCUCCACCGGUUGAUUCGGCAACGCAGGAGGAAACAUUUGUCGAUAAAGAUGGUAACAGAUAUCGUCGAGUGCGCUAUUUCCGAAAAAACAUAGGAAUUUCAUUAUUUAUUACUGACUCAGUUAUUGGUAGAAAACGCCUCUAUUUGGACUAUAAUAUCGAGAUUAGAAAGUAA